GAACGAUGUGAUUAUGUUUUGGUUUUUUUCAAAAAAAAUUUCAAAGGCGCCGAAAAUUUGUGGUGCAGUAAAAAUUUAGUUUUCUUGCUGUUUUUGCGCAAUUUUUGAGUGAAAUUCGUUUGCAAAAUGCCGAGGGAAAUGAUAACGCUUCAAUUGGGCCAGUGUGGCAACCAAAUUGGCUUUGAGUUCUGGAAGAGGCUCUGCAUGGAGCACGGAAUCUCACCGAGUGGUGUUUUGGAGCACAAUGCCGAUGAAGGUGGUGACAGGAAGGAUGUAUUUUUCUACCAGGCAGAUGAUGAACACUACAUCCCUCGGGCAGUUCUCUUGGAUCUGGAGCCGAGGGUUAUUAAUACCAUCAUGACAUCACCGUAUGCAAAGCUCUAUAAUCCAGAAAAUGUUUACCUGUCCAAGGAUGGGGGUGGCGCCGGGAACAAUUGGGCUUCAGGGUAUGGGCAGGGUGAGAAACUACAAGAGGAGGUGUUCGACAUAAUUGAUCGGGAAGCUGACAAUAGCGACACCUUGGAAGGUUUUGUGCUGUGCCAUUCUAUUGCCGGUGGCACAGGCUCGGGGAUGGGAUCGUACAUCAUGGAGCGCCUCUCAGAUCAUUUUCCCAAGAAGAUUGUCCAAACGUACAGUGUAUUUCCAAAUCAGGAUGAGAUUAGUGAUGUCGUGGUGCAGCCUUAUAAUUCCCUUCUCACCCUGAGACGUCUCACGAGCUGCGCUGAUUGUGUUGUAGUACUGGAUAAUACUGCACUCAAUCGUAUUGCCUCAGAUCGUUUGCAUCUAGAGAACCCUACCUUUACCCAAAUCAACACACUUGUCUCCACAAUUAUGUCUGUUAGCACUACAACCCUUCGGUAUCCAUCGUAUAUGAACAAUAACCUUAUUGGUCUCAUUGCACCCCUCAUUCCUACUCCGCAGCUGCACUUCCUCAUGACAGGCUAUACACCCCUUACAACUGAUCAGGACCAAACCGUGAAUAUCCAGAAGACAACAGUUCUGGAUGUAAUGCGUCGGCUGCUGCAGCCAAAGAACAUGAUGGUUUCAACUGGACCAGAUAAGACCAAUCAUCAUGUCUACAUUUCGAUUCUUAACAUCAUCCAGGGUGAGGUAGAUCCCACCCAAGUCCACAAAUCCCUGCAGCGGAUUCGUGAAAAGAAGCUGGCGCAAUUCAUCCCAUGGGGACCAGCUAGUAUUCAGGUGGCACUCUCUAAAAGUAGCCCCUACGUGCAGAACAGUCACCGAGUGUCUGGUCUUAUGCUUGCCAAUCACACCAGUAUAUCAUCGUUGUUUGAACGUGCCCUUAGCCAAUAUGAUAAACUACGGAAGCGUGGCGCCUUUUUGGAUCAAUUCCGUAAGGAGGAUAUGUUCAAGGAUGAUCUUUCUGAACUUGAUGAAUCUCGGGAUGUUGUUGACUCCCUUGUGCAAGAAUACGAUGCAGCCACAAAAUCUGACUAUCUGCAGUGGCAAGCUCGCAGAAUUGCAGCAUAAUCAUCCUGGAGAAUCUCUCUAACACACACGUCACAUUUGUUCUCUUUUACUCCCCACAAAUUUUCCUAUCAACAUGCAUUUAUUUUUGCCAUAAAUAUACUUGUGUUCAUCAAA